GGGCGGGGCCGCCCUCAGGGCUGCCAUGGCCGCGGCGCGACGCAUUGGGCGGGCGGAGGCGCUGCGGCUCGGCCCUCGCUGGCGCCACGCCUGCCACGCCCUCCUCUACGCCCCGGACCCCAAACUCCUCUUCGGCCGCAUCCCGCUGCGCUAUGCGGUGCUGAUGCAGAUGCGAUUUGACGGGCGACUGGGCUUCCCAGGUGGCUUCGUGGAUGCCCAAGAUGGGAGCCUGGAGGAUGGACUGAACCGGGAGCUGCUGGAGGAGCUGGGUGAUGGCGCCGGAUCCUUCAGCGUGACAGAGGAGAACUAUCUGAGCUCUCAUGCCAACGAGGCCCCGCGGCGGGUAGUGGCGCAUUUCUAUGCCAAGCAGUUGACACUGGAGGAGCUGCUAGCUGUGGAAGUCGGGGCCACCCGGGCCAAGGACCAUGGGCUGGAGGUUUUGGGCCUAGUGCGUGUACCUCUGUACGUGCUGCAAGAUGGAGUCGGGGGGCUGCCCGCCUUCCUGGAGAACUCCUUCAUUGGUGUGGCCAGGGAGCAGCUGGUGGAUGCCCUGCAGGGCCUUGGGCUCCUGGGUCCGGAGCAACUGCAGCAAGCCCUGGCAAUGGCUCAGACUCGCCACUAGAGAGAGACCUUGCUCAUCCCACCCCUUCCUCCCCAUAUUCCCUUCUCACCCAUCUUAGUGAGAAGAAGAUGCCCCCUUGGCUGCUGACUGUGGGAGUUUCCUGUGGGGAGGGCAGAAGGGAGGAGCUCAGACCCUAGGCCCUCUCACUCUGCCGGAAGCUGGAGAUUUUCCCUCAUUCCACUCCCUCCUCCUUCCCUCCCCCUUUGCCUCAUUCUCUCCUUCCAUUGUGGGUUUGGGGAAGCCCUGCCCAGAGUGGGUUUUUCUCUUUCUUCAAGGGUUCUUUAUCACUGAUCAUGAAAUCCCAGGAA